AUCAUCAUUUUACGUCUCCACCUCUGCCUUAGUCCUCUGCAUCUAUGCUUUCUUGCUUGUCCUCCACUCCAGACCAGCCAAACCGAAAGUUAAGUUUGGUGAGAAGGCAAGAAAGCUAGCAGUGAAGUUGUUGGGCUGUAAUAUAUUUACUCAAACACGUUGAUCUUGAGUGUUAUGGGGGUCUGUUACAACUCUGUCCAAUGAGAACUCCACUGCAUUCAUGGUUUUUCUUGGUAUUCUUGCUGCAGAUAAUAUUUGGGAUCCACAUCCUUGUCUCUGGCCAAUGCCAGAGCGACCAGAGAUCGAUGUUGCUGCAGCUGAAGAGCAGCCUGAAGUUCGACUCAACUGUUUCAACCAAGCUUGCACGCUGGAACCAGAGCAGGGAAUGUUGUGUUUGGCCUGGGGUGGAAUGUGACACCUCAGGCCAUGUCACUGGCUUAAUUCUCGACAAUGAGGCGAUUACAGGUGGGAUUGAGAAUUCAAGGGCUCUAGUCAGUCUUCAAUACCUUGAGAGGCUAAAUUUGGCUUUCAACAGCUUCAAUUCUACUGCAAUCCCAGUUCAGAUUUACAAGCUUGCCAACUUGACAUAUCUGAAUUUGUCAAAUGCUGGUUUUGGAGGGCAGAUUCCGAAUGGAAUAUCAGGACUGACAAGGUUGGUUACUCUUGACCUCUCAACCCUAUUUGCAAUAGGUCCACCACUUAAACUUGAGAAUCCAAAACUAAAGAAAUUCUUUGAGAACUCCAUAGAAGUUAGAGAACUUUAUCUUGAUGGUGUUGAUCUUUCUGCUCAAAGGAAAGACUGGUGUCAGGCCUUAUCUUCAUCUUUGCCAAAUUUAACAAUCUUGAGCAUGCGAAACUGUCAAGUUUCAGGCCCUAUUGAUCCUUCCCUUUUGACACUUCGUCACCUUUCCAUUAUCUAUCUAGAUCAAAAUGAUCUUUCCAGCACUGUCCCGAGGUUUUUGGCAAAAUUUUCAAAUUUGAGGACCUUGAGCCUAAGCUCUUGUAAUCUACAUGGUGCAUUUCCGGGAGAGAUCUUUCAGACAAAAAGUUUAGAGGAGCUGAUGAUACAAAACAAUCAGAAUCUUAGUGGCAGCUUCCCAUCAUUUCCAGAGAAUGGAUCCCUUAGGGCGGUUUCAGUAAGUUACACUCAAUUUUCUGGUUCAGUGCCACCUUCCAUCAGUAAUCUUAGCAACUUGUCCAGGAUAGAGAUCACCAACUGCAAAUUCAGUGGACCAAUACCCUCUACAAUGGCACAACUUACGAGUCUUAUUUAUGUGGAUUUCUCAUUUAACAACUUCACUGGCUCAAUCCCACAUUUCCAGCUGUCAAAGAACCUUACCUACAUAGAUUUUUCUCGUAAUGGCCUAGAUGGUCCACUUUCUUCCAAGCAUUUUGAAGGCCUUUCAAAAAUUGUGAAUAUAGAUUUAACUUCUAAUUUAGUCUCUGGAAGAAUUCCCCCAUAUCUUUUUUCACUUCCAUCAUUGCAGAAACUUGUGCUGUCCAACAAUAAAUUUGAUGGUCAAGUUGAUGAAUACCGGAAUGUAUCUGCCUCUCAAAUGGAUACACUUGACUUGAGUUCUAACCGUCUAAAUGGGUCCAUUCCGGAGCACUUCUUUGAAUUUCCAAAGCUGAAUGUGCUAUUACUUUCUUCCAACUCCUUCAGUGGAAGGAUACAGUUUGAAAGUCUCCAAAAGCUCAAGAACCUCACAAGAUUUGAGCUUUCUCACAACAAUUUGUCAGUUGACGUAAGUAGCAGUAGUUCAGCCUCCUCAUUCUUUCCCAAGCUUACAACAUUGAAAAUGGCUUCUUGCCGAUUGCAAAGUUUUCCAGAUCUUAGAACUCAGUCGAGUAUGAUCCAUUUAGACCUGUCAGACAAUGAAAUUAGAGGGGAAAUACCAAACUGGAUAUGGAAUGUGGGUAAUGGAAGUCUGGCUCAUCUGAAUCUCUCCUGCAAUUUCUUAGAUGGUCUAGAAAAGCCUUAUACAAUUCCAAGUACUCUUUCAGUACUGGACUUGCACUCCAAUCAACUGCAAGGCCAACUUCCCAUGGCAUCAACCUCAGGAGCUAUCUAUCUUGAUUACUCAAACAAUUUUUUCAAUAGUAACAUUCCAUCUGAUCUUGGAAGUUAUGCUUCAUUUGCUUCUUUCUUGUCUCUUUCAAACAAUAGCUUCACUGGGACAAUUCCUGAAUCCAUAUGCAAUGCAAGCUAUCUGCAGGUGCUUGAUCUAUCCAACAAUAAGCUGAUAGGCAUACUUCCAUCCUGUCUAUUCAGCAAUUUUGGGAUCCUUGGAGUACUAAACCUUGAGGAAAACCAAAUCAGUGGUAGCAUACCUGAUUCCUUCCCAAGUAAUUGUGCUCUAAAAACAUUAGACCUCAGCAGGAAUUCUUUUGAAGGGAAGAUUCCAAAAUCUCUGAUAAAUUGUUCAUCAUUGGAAGUUCUGAAUGUUGGAAGCAACAAAAUUGUAGAUACCUUUCCAUGUCCAUUGAAAAAUUUAUCAAGCCUGCGUGUCCUAGUCUUGCGGUCCAAUCAGUUCCAUGGUGACCUUCACUGUGGUAAUGCCAAUCAUAGCUGGCCAAAUCUUCAGAUUAUUGAUAUUGCUUCCAAUAAAUUCAGUGGCGAACUCUCUCCAAAAUGCUUCUUGAACUGGAAAGGAAUGAUGUUUGGUGAAGCUGCAGUGCAACCAGUGCAACACAUCAAGUUUGAUUACUUGAGACUUAAUAGUUUCUACUACCAGGAUACAGUAAUGGUAACCAUAAAAGGGAUGGAGACAGAACUGGUGAAAAUUCUAACAGUCUUCACAUCUGUUGAUUUCUCAAGCAAUAAUUUCCAUGGGAUUAUACCAGAUACCAUUGGGGCUCUCAAUUCACUUUACUUUCUCAACCUAUCACACAAUGCUCUCACAGGGAAUAUCCCAGAAACAGUAGGAAAUCUGAAAAUGAUUGAGUCGUUAGACCUUUCAUCAAACCAGCUAGGUGGAGAGAUCCCAACACAGCUUGCAGAUCUGUCAUUCCUAUCAGUCUUGAAUCUAUCAUUCAACAGACUUUCUGGUAGGAUUCCAACAGGCAAUCAACUUAAUACAUUUGAUGCACUUUCCUACCAAGGUAAUCUGGAACUAUGCGGAUUUCCUAUCUCAAAAAGUUGCAAGGUACCACCUAGUUCCAAUGGCGGCCAAUCUGGUGGUGGUGGUGGUCCAGUUUUCGACUCUGAGUUUGAUUGGCAUUUCAUAUUCAUAGGUCUGGGAUAUGGAAUAGGAGCCUCAGUUUCCAUGGCAGCUCUUUUCUUCUGGAAAGCAGGCAGAACAAGUAGUGAUAAGCAUCUGAAAGAACUCCUCAAGCUGAUCAUUCCAUCAUACAGGUUCCCCUACAUCAGAUACAAUGGUGGGAGAGUGCAGGCAGAGGAAAUCAUUGAAGAUGCAUCCCCUGAUGAUACUGAUGACUCUGAUGAAGACGAAGAUGAAAUGGAAGGCAAAGCAUACCGCGGCAGUUACUGUGUGUUUUGCAGCAAACUUGAUAUCCACAGAAAGAAGGCAAUUCAUAAUCCAGACUGCACCUGUAGUCAUCAUCACUCUUCCCCACUUCCUCCUUCCAUAACAUCUUCUUCUACAUCCCUGCUAGUCAUAUAUCAGAAAGUCAUUUGAACUGUAAACAAUCCCCGCCCCCAACCCUCCCCUUCACCCCAUCUUUGUAAUUUGUACAUACAUAUAUACUUGUAGCACAGAGUUCAUGCAAAA